AUGAACAUUGGAUAUCUAACACAAAAGAGAAUAUUCAUAUGUGUACAAGUUCACGUAACAUGGAGAGGAUUUAAAACGAAACGUAACCUGCUCGUUAUCGCCGAGGGGUUAGGUAAUGCUCACUUUCCCCAUGAAGAUUCGAUGGAAAAAAUUAUAGCAGACAUGAGUUCUCGUUUGCGUUUUAUAGAAUCUCUGUACCAAGCGCGACAAGAGGAUAUAAUUACCCUACAGAACAAAAUAUACAGUUCAAGAAACAAUGCUUCGUUCAAACAUGGUGUGGUGAAAAACAAAUUCCGUCACAUCAUCCUUCCACCAGAAGUUACGGCGUUAUUGAAAAAUCUUACAGGCAUGAAAGCGGCUUCCGGAUUGCAUACGAAAACUCUGACCCUGAUGAAGAACUCAUUCUUGUACCAACUACUCCCUCAUCUGAUGGCUUCUCCGAACAGUCUGCAGCCUGCUUACCACUUGAAGGGAGAGAGACAUUUAUCUGAAGUAGUCAUCGGUAUACCCACCGUGAAGAGAGACAAAGAGAGUUAUUUAAUGAUAACUCUAACGCAUUUAAUCAAUGGAUUGACAUCAGCGGACUUGAACAAUACACUUAUCGUUAUAUUUGUUGGAGAAACUGAUUUGGAAUAUGUUCUCAACCUCGCUAGGCAAGUUGAAACAAAGUUUCCAAAACAUGUGGGUAGUGGUCUGAUAGAAAUAAUAUCUCCAUCCGCUUCAUAUUAUCCUAAUCUUCAAAACAUACCACUGACUUUAGGCGAUUCCUUCAAGAGAGUCAAAUGGCGUACUAAACAGAACCUCGAUGCAAUAUAUUUGAUGGCUUAUGCGCAAACUAAAGGCACUUUUUAUCUUAUGCUGGAAGACGAUGUUAUCGCAAAAAAUAAGUAUAUGCAGGAAAUUAAACACUUCACGGCCGCUGUAUCUGUUUCAACACCAAACUGGUACUUUGUAGAAUUUUGCCACGUUGGUGGAAUCGGAAAAUUGUUUAGAUCUGCAGAUCUUAUACACUUCAUCACUUAUGUUCAGCUGUUUUAUAAGAACCUGCCGAUUGAUUGGCUUCUGGAGAGUUUCUUAGCUAAUCGUGUCUGCAGUAUGGACAAAUCUGCAAGCAACUGUGGAAAAUCUAAGUUGCAAAUACGUCCUAAAUAUAAAUCAUCAUUGUUUCAACACAUCGGUUUAUAUUCGUCGCUGCAAGGAAAAAUACAGAAACUAAGGGAUCCCCAUUUCGGCGCUUUACCAACUUUCUAUGCCCAUAACAAUCCACCGGUUAAGCGUAUUUUCUGUGACAUAAAGGAGCAUGCUGAUCACACUAUUAAAAGGGCUUAUGAAGGCAAAACUUAUUUCUGGGGCAUUAAGCCGAACGAAGGUGAUACCAUUGUUUUUUGGUUUGCAAAACCAACGGCUAUUGAAAGUUACACGUUCCGAAGUGGAAACGUCGAGCAUGUUUCUGAUAAGUUCUAUAACACUGUGGUCGAAGUGCUGCCGGCGAACCGUAGGAGGAAUUUCUUUGCUGUUAAUAGUUUUGAUGAAUUUGGCAUAGCUGAAGGUACCCUGAAACGCAGCGUGGGUCCACUGCUAGCGAUUCGUUUACGCGUGCAAAAGGAGAGUUACUAUUGGACUGUGCUUAGUGAGAUCGGUUUGAAGACGUUCGAUCAAGCAAAGAAGAAUUGAAUCUCAGAAAAAACACCUCAUGUUCGAUAUUCGAAACAUACACCGGACAUAAAUUUAAUGCACAAACCAAAUUAAAGAAGCGAGCUCAUUGGACGUCGAAAAUCUACUUAUAUUCAUUAUAAUGUAUACGUCUUUAUCAUAUAAUUAUUGUUGAUGCUUGGUGUUAGAAUUACAAAUCCGAUAUUAAAAUAUCGAUAUUAUUUAUUUAGAUUUAGA